AUGCACUGCGCAAACACUUUCAAACCUAUUGGACUUGUUGGACUACUGCUCCACAACGUCGUUGCUUUAAAGCCAGAACAUGUAGCCAAACGAGACCAUGACUACAUUCUACCGAGAGCCACAGAAGCUCCCCAUGGCCUUCUCGAAGAUGUGAAGCUUCUUCAGGGGCACCGAAUGAAGGAACGCCAGGUGUCAGCGACAACGUCUUUGUCGCUGGUCCUGACCAUGGCUCCUGACAAGACCUGCGGGUACCUUUCAGGAAGCGUUGGCGUUCCGAUUACUUGCGAGAACGGAGCUCGUUGUACCUGGGAACCCAACAUGCUCAACAUAAUCGCAUGUGGAACGGAUCACUACUUGCAGUGCGUCGAGUCCAUGACUGCCGAGGACCCGAAGCUAUGCGAUGAUGUUUGCCAGAGUGAUACUUGGAACCUACUAUGUACCGACUCUGAUGAACCCUACUGCCGUACCUACCUCUAUCCAAACGGUGUCGUCGAUUAUCGUUGUGCUUCUACAUCGGUCAGAUCAAUUCAGAGAGUAGAGCAUACAUAUAAGGGCGACGACAGUCCAAACUUCGUCACUACGACCAUCAGUAAUGAGGACGAGACUACAAUUUCGAUACCUGGAACGGUAUCUAGACCAAUGGUCAUCGAUGACCCGACGAGCACGACGGAUAGUCCUGGUCCAACAACCUCAUCUGAAGUUCCUGCUCCUCCAUCCAAAAAAGUUCCUGUGGGAGCUAUUGUCGGGGGUGUCGUUGGAGGUUUAGCUGUUCUUGGUCUCAUUGCUAUUGGGAUCAUCUUUGCAUUGCGUCGUCGCAAGCCCAAGCCCACUGUCGACACGAGAAUCUCCUACCAGCCAAACGCGAUGCAUGAACCUUCUCAAAUGACUCAAAAACCACAGUCAGGUCCGUCUCAUCAACAAGUGGUUCUUUCGCCCGCUUAUGACCCCGGCAUGGCAUCACCUCCUGUCCAGCCAAACCCCCAUACAUCUAUGGUCAGCGGAUCAAUCUCUCCGAUCGGGCCAGCUUCGCCGGUGGGUUGGAGUCAAUAUCCAUCACCUGCACCCAUCGCUUCUCCGGCUCCAGCAUAUGAAGUCGCAGGGCCUGAGGCACGAGAGGCUCCUCCGGUUCACGAACUAGGCGCCGACGUAUCCAUGAGAAAGUAG